ACGAGAGGCGACUAUAUUGUCCCUGUUUUGCAUGUAUAAUUUGUAUACAUAUCCACCAGUGAGGUUUCCAAGUCACUUGCAAAUUGCAACAGAAAAUCACCAAACUCCAUCUCUCUCUCUGUCUGUCUAAAUGGGUGAAAGAACCUUAGAGAUCAAUGUCAUCUCUGCAAGAGGUCUCAAAGACGUCAAUUAUAUCUCAAAAAUGGAUGUCUAUGCUGUUGUUUCAAUCUCUGGUGAUGACUCAAAACAAAAGCCAAAGCAAAAAACCAAAACCCCUGUAGAUAGAGCUGGUGGCAAAAAUCCCACUUGGAACUUCCCUAUAAAAUUCUCUAUCCCUCCAACCCCACUUGCAGAAAACCGUCUAAAUCUUGUUUUCAAUCUUAAAUGUGAGCGUGCUCUAGGAGAUAAAGAUGUUGGUGAAGUCAACGUGCCAGUAAAGGAGCUUUUGGAUUCAGCUAGCGAUGGUAAAUCCAUGAAAUUUGUUAGUUAUCAGGUAAGGAAACCAUCAGGGAAACCUAAAGGUGAGGUUAGCUUUUCUUUUAAGUUUAGUGGGAUUGAGAAAGUAUUGGUGGCUGAAGUAUCAACAGCAGCAGCAGCAGCAGCAGCGAAGGCUACUAAUUCUAGUAGUCAACCUGUCACUGCAUAUGCUGCUGUGCCUGUUGUUGGACCUAGUUCUGUUCCUGAUGCUGGAACUGGCUCAUAUCCACCGCCUCCACCCGGGAAUGGAUGUCCACCGCCUCCACCUGGUUAUGGAUAUCCAUCUCCACCGCCAUAUGGCAGAUACGCGCCGCCUCCUCAACCGGGUUAUGGGUACCCACCACCUGGAUAUGGAUAUCAACCUGCUCAAGGGGGAUAUAGGUAUCCACCUGUUCAAGGGGGAUAUAGGUACCCACCACAAGUGCAAGGGCAGCAGCCACAAAAGAAUAAAUUUGGAAUGGGCUUAGGGGCUGGAUUGCUAGGAGGAGCUAUUGGUGGGCUUUUGAUCGGAGAUAUGGUGUCUGAUGCUGGAUUUGAUGAUGGUGGUGGUUUUGAUUUUUGAUUUUUUUUUAUAUAUAUGUUUCUUUCGGACUUGUGUUCAUGGGAUGGUAAUGGUUGGUGUGGUAAUAGUAGCUUUUGAAUUGUCAGAUCGUUGAUCUUUUUCAUCUUUUGAAGGGUGUGGUUUGUUGGGCCAAGAACACUAGUAUAUUAAAUCACUUCACUCAUUAAGAUUUAGGCUUUUGAGUUGUAUGUUUGGCAUCAUCCUCUACUCUAUGUAUAAUGUAUAUGUAAUACUCUACAAAGUUAUAGUUCACAGUUCCUACAAAGUGAUUUCAUGUUCUU